CGGUAAGACCACGAGCCUCUACCCCUCCGCCUCUCUCUCUGGUCAGCCACACUCCACCCCCCACCACCGCCCACCACCGCCACCUUCAUACCUCUCUAUCUCCUCUCUCGGAGAGCACCACAAUCAGCUAACAAUUUUAGCUCACACACAACGGUUCCGUUCCUUGCUAAAGUUCCGCUGCAAGCCAGAGCAAUGCCGGCACAGAAGCGCACCCAUGAGGCCAUGGAAGAUGAUCCUCCGCAGAACCACCGCGAAAACAGCCACGAAAAGCCGCAAGACGAAGAGGAGUCCGAUCGAAGCCCGUCUCAGAGCACCGAAGAGAAAGACGAAUUUGUCAUAGUGAAAUUGGCAGAAAUUCGGAAAGAAGUCCAGUGCCCCAUCUGUUUAGGGAUCAUUCGGAAAACAAGGACAGUGAUGGAAUGCCUGCAUCGCUUCUGCAGGGAAUGCAUUGACAAGUCCAUGCGCCUGGGGAACAACGAAUGCCCUGCCUGCCGCACCCAUUGUGCAAGUCGUCGCUCUUUGAGAGAUGACCCAAAUUACGAUUCCUUAAUUGCAGCUAUAUAUCCGGAUAUUGACAAGUAUGAGGAAGAGGAAUUGGCUUUUCAUGAAGAGGAGAAGGCUCGCAAUAAGCAGAUCCAAGCUUCCAUUGCCCAGACAUUUCGACGACAAACCGAGGCACUAGGAAGGAAACGAACAGCUAAAGCCACUGCAGCUGCAUUUAUGAGGAGAUCACGGGGUAGCUAUCGAAAUGCAAGGGGGAGAAGGAGCUAUAGAAAUGUUGCUGAACAUCAAGGGUCCAAUGACAAUGAGGAUGUAAAUGGUGAUGAUGGCGGUAGAGAUUUAUCAUCAGGUGAUGAGCGCACAGAACCAAGACCGAAGAGAUCCAAAAGAUGGAGAGGAGAUCGAUAUUAUCAGCCCUCAUCAGCAGCUGCUAAUGCAGAUAGUGAUGAUGAAAAUGAUUAUGAAAUGAACAAAUCAGAGAUUCUGGGUGCAUCUUUGGGGCGUGUUGGCAGCUCAGAGAGGCUUUCCUGGGGAAAAGGUGGCAUGCGGAGUCAUACACGGUAUGGCAGUACAAGUGGUGGCAGUGGUAAAAAUGCCAGGAACAUCCGUCUCUCUAAGUUGGUAGAGUAUCUUCGGAACCCAGGAGAUAAUGAUGACGAGUUGGACAUCCACCUCCUGCUUGUAUCUUUAGAUGAGCAAAGAAUACCAAGUUUGCAGCGGCCAUAUCUUUGCUGCAGAUCUACUCUGUCAGUUGGACAACUAUGUCAGUAUGUAGCUCUCCGAACCGCGUGUCAAGCUGAAGAAGUUGAAAUAUAUUUGGUGAAAGAGCUGCAUGCCGAAUUCAGUCAUUCAACUGCCACCAAUAUUCAAAUUUCCAAGUCUCUUGUUCUUGAUUCAAGCAAAGAAAACCUGCAACUUUUAAAAGAAGAAGAAACUUUGGCAGAACUUAGAACUCACAAUCUCAUUCCUGGCUAUCUGAUUUUGGCAUAUCAGAAGAAGUGGAACUGAAGCCGACGAUGACGAGAAAUCUGAAAACAAGUGGUUCUACCUUCUCUUUCUCCUUCUCCUUUUAUGUUUACUGUGAUCACCCAGCUGCUGGCAUAUGUUGUUGAAUAGAAGAGUGUCUGUUUUAGAAACUCGCCGCCAAGUACAGAGCAAUUUGGAUGCAGAUGCAAAUCGCCAUGUCAUGCUCCGAGCUUGUUACCAACUCAACUGUUAUAUUAUAUGUACUUAUACAAUAUGAAUUGGGUAGUGCUAUUUAUAACAUCAUUUUUACCUCU